GGAUAUGACGUAAUUACUACGCGGCACGUUAGCUCGAUGGGAAAAUUCAAAAGAACCGCUCAAUGCAACUGCGAUGGGUGGGGGAUUCAGGUUUUUGUCGUUUCCAUUAGGAAUAUAGCUGAUGACUCCUGGGACUUGUAUCCAGCUCCUUUUCUCCAUAGCUCAUGUAUCUCUCUCCAGCCAAGUGUCUCUCAGCUCCUCUGCACCCUGAGCUGUAUUACAACACUCCUGUGCGGGACAUGACUGAAACCCUGGCGCGGUCAAACAGAAUAAGCAGAAACUGCACUGCAGUGGUGAUGAAUUCCACAGUACAGGAUCAUCAGCUUCGAGCAGUGUCCAGAGCAGCCAUGAGCUGUGAGCUCAGCACCAUUAACAACUCGGUGAUUCCUAUGAAACAAGUAACUGACACACCAGCAAAAGUCUUUGCCAGACUGAAAGCCAAAGUUCAGAGGCAGAACUCAGAAGAGCACAGAGAAGUCAAUGUCAUACCCAGACAGCUGGAUAGGGGUGUCUCGUUGUCCACAAAUAUGCAGCAGCCACCAGUUGAUGAUGCCACAUCAGAAGGACGGGAUACGUAUGUGCUGUCACUUUCACCUCCCGAGUCCAUGAGCAAAAUCUCAGAAUUAGAAGAUCCCCAAAUGACAUCACAACUUGAUUUAGAAGGAGACCAUAACCCUGACUUGGUUCACAAACCUGUUAUUGCGCUUGAAAAGAUGCUCACUGAAACCUUCACCCAGGCUCAGCAAAAGAAAAUGGGAAUUAUUGCCACCAGCAAGUCCACAAAUCUAAAACAAGAAGCAUAUGUUUUACUGGAGCGUAUGCCUGACGCCUUACCUGCUCAGCCAGGACCUACAAAGCCAAUCCAGUUAAUGAAUCGUGUCAAAAAUAGAAGUUAUCAUGGUGUGUUUGGUGAGAUGAGUGUAAAGGACGAAUCAGAAGGUACAGUAGAUGAUGACUGCAAUAGGGUGAAUACACUUCAGACGUUGGACAUUGCUGCCCGAAGCCAGCCAGAGCCACAAAGACCAGAGAAAAUGUCUAAUAGGCAGUGUGAGCAUUUAGACGCACCACCUUGGACCCAUCCUAAUCUGAUGGAGGAUUCUCUCCUGCAGCUAUCACCCCGCAUCUCCAUCCCCCGGAAGCAAAUGGCAGCAGUUAAGGCCAAACAGCAGACUAAAGAAAUAGAUCAAGCUCUGGAUGGAAGUACGAAUGUGAAUGGGAUUCAGUUAAGAGAUUGGAUCUUGAAACUACACAACAAAGAACUUAUUGUUGAUGGCAUUCGAAUAGACAGCAAGAUCCCUUGGCACAGUAGUUGCAUCACUGAGCGAGUUUCAAGUAACAUAGUUAAGACUGCAUCUGGUGGAACCUAUGUUCUUGUUGGAAAGAUGUCACACUACCACACUUCAUCAUUUCCUUCAUGGUUUUUGAAGAAGUUUGUUUUUGGCUUUCCGGAAAUGUGGAAGGAGUACCUGAAUAAAUUCUUGGCUGAUAAUGACGGAAGUGGAAAAAAUCGACAGAGGAACAAUUCAGCACCAUGUGAACCACAAAAGAAACGGCCCUCCAGAAAACAAAUAUCCAAACAACUUAAGUCAAAGGACCAGGUGACACCUGUUAGUUCUGCAGGCAGUGUGCAGCCUCACAGUGCUCCAGUUUCCCGCAGUGGCCGUGUCAUUAAACCUCCUCUGGAGUACUGGAGAGGAGGCAGGAUCACUGUAGGGCCCGAUAUGAAUGUUACGGUCCAUGAGGAUUAUACGUCAACCUCCAUUUUAUUGACGCCAAAAACAAGACCAGUGGUACGUUUAAAGCCACUAAAAUUGCCCAAAGAACAGCCAGUCUACAAAUUUCCUGAAAUGCAAAACAGCAAUGAUGAGGAUACUUUGGCAUCAAGGAGACGUGUUAAACAACAUAAGUCUUGGAGGACUGAGGGAACCAAAGCAUGGGAAAAUGCUUCACAGAAGAACUCUCAGGAUGCAGUUUUCAAUUCAGACUCUGGAUCAGAAAAAGCCACUGCCAAACAGCUUUCUCCUCAGCAAGCACAGUCUGAGCAAAUGUACCUCAGGAGGGGACGGUCAUAUUCUAGAGCGAGAAACUCGACGGACUCUGAGUCUGAGGUGUUCAAGUUUGGUGCGUAUUGUACUUCAGAUGAAGAUGGUGUUUCUGCAUUCCAGGCCCCUGAGGGAAAAAUUCAAACACGGCUCAACCGGAAGCAUCUGCAGAGAGUAGUUCAGAGGGAAAAGCGUUCCACUCCAUGCUCAGACUCUGACACCAGUUCCACACAAUCUCAAGUUCAGAAAAGUGCAGAUUCAGAUCACUUAUUUACACCACCAGUACCUAGAAAAGGAUGCAGAAGAAAAGCCUUGGUGCAGAAAAGCAAACUAGUUCCACCGAUUGUUACCAUGUCUGAGAUUGAGGACUCUCGUUUCUCUACGCAACAGGGUAAUGUGACAAAUAAAAAGAACACACGGAGGCAAAAGAAGGUUCCACAGAAUUAUGACAAUUAUGUAAAGUCCGAUGCUGGUGAUGAAAGUCUCCCUUCAGAGCUGAUUAGAGAAGAUAAAAGCAAGAAUUCAAAGCCUACUCUGAAGAGGACAAGACAAAGGGAACACGCUGGAGCUUCUGAAAGGACAACAAAUGGACAUGCCCUCCUGGUUGAUAAACAUCCUGAGCAAUCUGAAAAGACAGAUAAUCCUCAGUUUCAUGUGUCAAAUAACACUGGCAGGAAACCAAAGUCAUCAGUAAGCAGAAGAAACAAGAAGGAGCAAACUGCAAAGCACCCUGAGAUCGAACAAGAUGCGCUAGAAGGAGCAUGGACCGAUAAAGAGUUGCAUAAACUUAAUGAGGCUGUGAACUUAUUACCCAAGCACAAGAGUGGUUACUGGGUAAAUGUCUCACUGGUCGUUGGUACACGUUCAGCUGAGGAGUGCCAGAAACAGUACACUGCACUUUACCAAGCUCAUGGACGAUCCAAAGGAAAACAUAAGGCAAAGACUUCUAAAACAGAUGAACCAGCAAAAGAAAUGGCUCCAAUUACUGCUAAGGUUGGAACACUCAAGAGGAAGAAACAGAUGUGGAACUUUUUGGAUCAUAUGUCCAAAGAUGAUCAUGAUGACAUAUUUGCCGGCUCACCAAUGCACAGUAAACAAAUCAAGUUGCCUGUAUGGUCAACAAAUGGAGAUGAGCCAGAUUUUGGCCAUCUACAAAAUCCACAAACUCCCAGCUCAACCAUGUUUUCUUCAGUGAAAACACCUCAGUGUUUGCACAUUACCCCAGGAAUGCUGCACUCUGUCAACAGGGACAACAAUGAUAAGUAUAUUUACCACCUACAGAAGGUAAAAAGGCAAGGCAACCAUGGAAGAAAAGGCAGCCCUAAGGACAAGUUCACACCUGUUCCAUCAGUAAGGAAAACCAAGAAGAGAUGUGUGGCUGAAGAUGAUAACUUUGUUGUUUGGAACAUGCUCUCUGACAAGGACGGUCCAUCAAUGACUGGAGAGGAGGAGGAGGAUGAUUAUUUUAUGGAUGAAUACUGAAUAAUACAAAAAUAGUCUGUAAUUACAAGCCUGUAUAGGUUGAAUAGGUUGCCAUUGCAUCGUGACCCUAGGACAGUGUUUUGAUGGGUUUUUUAAAAUAAGUGUUUUGGUUAUGUUCAAAUGCACCAAGCAAACAUUCCCUAUUUUUCUUAUGUUUGUUAAUGUAGGGGUCAACAUCCCAGCCUUCAGAAUCUGACAAUUUUGUCAAUAUUUAUAAAAAGUUACAUAAUGUUUUAUAUCCUUUUUUUAAAAAAAAUUUGCAAUUGGUGAGUGCUUAGCAUAAAGUGACCAGCUAGCUAUUUGGAUUUAUCUGUUUGGAUUUAAUUUUGUAAAUCUACUACCAUUUAAAAUUCUGAUUUAAAAAAAAAAAAAAAAAAAGACUUUUUAGUUAAUUUUUUUUUAAUUGUGAACAAAGUUGUCUUGGCUACUAAACGGAAUACUUUGUUUUUUUAACCAAGCUUUAGGUAUCUUGACCCCUAAACCUACAAGUCAUUGCAGAACUAAAAAUACAAAUUCCUCUGCACUAUGUACGUAAUAACUAUAGCUAGCGGUUCAUUUUAAAAAAGGAAAUUGCAUCACGUCUUGGUGUUUUCUGUGGGUGGUGUUCUUCUGUAGUCUACAGUAAUGUUGAGUCCUUCUGACAAUUUUCACUUGAAUAAAUAAAGUAUUUUAAUCACUCGUAA